GAACAUUCCAAAAUGUCUGAAGAAGUUGAACAAGUAAAUCCAAACCCACAUCCACCACAAGAAGAGCCUCAGCAGGAAAGCUUUAUGUGGAGAGUUGCUAAGAUGGUCCUUGUCUAUUUCCUGAUCAUGCAAGUGGUCAGCCUGUUCAAAGGCCAAAAACAAUUCAACAAGGAAGACCUACUAGACCAGGAUGGGCAUCAAGUUCUUUUAAAGGAUAAGCUGCAGAACUUAUUUUAUACUUCUCAUGAAUUCAAUGUGACAGGGUAUGUUUCCCCUCAUAAAUAUUUUGUGAAGAAUAAAAAAAACCAGGAAUACCAGGUUAAUCAGAAAAUGAAAAAAGUCUUUGAAAAAGAGGGGCUUACUUAUGACUGGGAAAGUACAAACGAGAUUAGUUAUAACAUCUCAUUCCCUAUUUCACAGAAAUUCUUAGACAGGAACGCUACCAUGUAUCUACAUGUAGAGUUCGAAGCUGAUUAUAGAUUCAAAGAUGACCAUUUAGACCUUGAGAUGCCUGAGUAUCGCUCUAUCCCAGGAUAUUCUGAUGCCUGGUUUAAAGAUGGAGGCAACAAAAUAGUAAUGCACAGAAGUAUCCCAUUGAUCAAGUAUACUCCAAAAGUCGAGGAGAAAAAGACUGUCAAUCUUCUUAAUGGGGACAUCGAAGUCAAAGAAGAGCCAAAGGAAGAAGAUGAAGGACCGAAACCCUAUAUUCAACACUUGAAGCCUGAAAUUUAUUGAUAUGUGUCUCCUGAUACUACCAUUUAUCCAAGAAAUGGUAUUCCGGAUCAACUAAGAAAAGUGUUGUUGAUUAAUACACAGUUGAAUUACUACGAGCCUCUAUUCAUAUGUACAGACUAUUGGAUAUACAAUGAACUCUUAAUACCUCUAAAUGAGACUGUGGAGCAUGGAAAUGUCACUGUGAACAUCCAGCCUUACUCCUUCAUGAAAAUAGCAAUGAUCGAGCAGAUGGACCAAGUUAACCAUAUGUAUAAAGAAUGGGGGAUGGCAACUGAUAUGGAUCUUACUAAGAAAAUGUUUGCUGAGACAAACUUCUACCUUCUUGCCCUAACAAUGGUCGUAUCUGUAGCUCAUACUAUUUGUGAAGUAAUGGCAUUUAAGAAUGAGAUCCACUUUUGGAAAGACAGAGACUCCAUGAAAGGAAUCUCAGUGAGAACUUUAUUUAUUAAUCUCGCAAUGAGUGUUAUUAUUUUCCUCUACCUCUUAGAUAAAAACGAGGAGACAUCUUAUAUGAUUAUUCUUCCAGCAGGAUUCGGUAUUCUUAUUGAAUGUUGGAAAAUCACCAAGGCAUGCAAGGUUUCCAGCAAAGAGGCCUUCCCUUGGAUUAAGAUUGAAGAUAAAGAUAGUUAUAAGGAAGAUGACACAGACAAAUAUGACAGAGUGGCAAUGAAGUAUCUCGGUUAUGCUAUGUAUCCCCUUCUAACAUGCUACUGAGUAUACUCUUUAUUGUAUGAAGAACAUAAGGGAUGGUACUCUUUUAUUAUCAACACUCUUGUAGGAGCAGUAUAUGUAUUUGGAUUCAUUACGAUGACUCCUCAGCUAUACAUUAAUUACAAAUUGAAAUCUGUUGAACAUUUGCCAUGGAGAGCAUUGAUUUACAGAUUCCUGAAUACAAUCAUUGAUGAUCUGUUCUCCUUCAUAAUCUCUAUGCCAACGAUGCAUAGGUUGAGUUGUUUCAGAGAUGACAUUAUCUUUAUAAUUUACUUGUACCAAAGAUGGGUUUACAGAGUUGAUAAGAACAGAGAUCCAUACGGUUCACUAAAGAAAGAGGAGAAAGAAGAAGAACAGAAGGUAAUCCAAGAAGAAACAGAUAAAGAUUCUGAGCCUGAUGAUUCACAUGAUAGUGAUGAAGGCGUGGUCAAAAAAGAAGAAGAGGACCAGAAAGAAGGUGUCAAGAAGAGGCAAGUUAUCAAAUAACCAGCCUACUUAUUA